CUACUGACACCCACCGGUCACGGGUUGGCUCCCCCCUCUCUGGUCUCCAGCCUGGGUGGGCGGCACUUCGGGCUGUUCCUCCUCCAGAGCUCGGAGGAGACCCGAGCUGAGCAGAGCUGAGCUCAGCUGAGGAGAGGAACCGGCGGGGAGGAGCGGAUUCAGCCACUUGAUGUCGAGAGCAGAUGCCGUCUUCAUGCUGAGACAGCAGCUGGAACAGCAGCCCCCCCUCCAGCUGGCAGAAUGACAGAGGGUGUAGAGGCCCCUCAGGGCCAGAGGGCCACAUUAAACAGCAGGUCCAAUGAUCAUCAGGCCAGAUCCAGCCCUAAUGCUUCAGAUUCUUGGCCGGAACUGGUACAGAAAGGCAGCUGUGAACCGGAGGAGCAGGAUGAUCAGGAGGAGGAGCGGUGCAGUCAGUCUGAGGAGCUGCAGGAUCCUGCUGAAGGAGCAGUAGAGAGGCGCAGUGGACAGCAGCUGGCUACAGAUGGACAGUGGGGUUGGGUGGUGCUGGCAGCCACUGUCCUGGUCCUGGCACUGACGCUGGCCUUCCCCUCCUGCAUCGGCAUCUUUUACACAGACCUGCAAAACGAGUUCCAGUCCAGCAACACUGAGACGUCCUGGGUGCCGGCCAUCAUGACUGCGGUGCUACAUGCUGGAGGUCCUGUGUGCAGCGCACUUGUGGAGUGCUAUGGUUGCCGUGCAACGAUAAUGGUGGGUGGGAUCCUGAGCGGACUGGGAAUGGUGGCUAGCUCUUUCGCUCAGACCAUGAUGGACCUGUACAUCGGGGCUGGAAUCAUCACAGGACUGGGAUCUUGCUUGUGCUUCCAGCCGUCUGUCACCAUGGUGGGCCACUACUUCGUCCGCCGUCGCGCCUUCGCCAACGCCCUUUCCUCCACAGGCACAGCGCUGGGUCUGAGCACCCUGCCCCUGUUGGCCAACUUCCUGCUCGGCCGCUUUGGCUGGCGCGGUAGCUUCUUGGUGCUGGGCGGGGUGCUGUUGAACUGCUGUGUCUGCGGGGCCGUGAUGAGGCCUCUAGCCACAACGCCAAAGCCAAAGACAGUGCCAGUUCAGCUGCCUUCCCAAGCCACAGGACUUUACAUUCAGCGAGAGGGGCUAAAGGGCCGCCUGCAGAGCGGCGUCUCUGGAAUCAUGCCCUUCCUGCGCAGGCACGUGGCUUUUGACCUGAUGCGCACCCAUCCUCGCUUCCGUGCCUAUGCCGUGGGUGUGACGUGGAUGAUGCUGGGCUUCGUGGUGCCGUUGGUGUACCUGGUGCCCUACGCCAUCGCUCAAGGUCUUGAUCAGGAUCAGGCUGCCCUGCUGAUGUCCAUCCUCGGCUUGGUGAACAUUUCGGUCAGGCCGGCAGCGGCGCUGGUCUUCGGACUGCCGCGCUUCCGGGGCAGCCGGUGCUUCGUCUACGUGUUUUCAGGUGCUUUGCUGCUCAACGGCCUGAGCAACUGCAUAUGCGGGGUGGCCACAAGCUUCAACAUGCUGCUGGCCUAUGUCCUGACAUUCGCCGCCUCCAUGAGCAUCGUGGGGACGCUGCUGUUUACUGUGCUGAUGGAGACGGUGGAGAUGAGCCGCUUCCCCCCCGCCCUGGGACUCAUUAGUGUCAUGGAGAGCAUCACACUGCUGCUGGGUCCGCCACUGGCAGGAGUACUGGUGGACUGCACUGGCCAUUACGGCUACGUCUUCUUCGCCUGCAGUGUGUCCGUCUCCACGGCUGCUCUCUUCAUCAUGGUGUCUUUCUACUGGCUGGACAGACAGAGCGACACAGAGGAGAAGAAGAAGAAGAAGAUGUCUUUAUCUCCUGAAGAGACUGAGAGUCUAAAGCCCAGUAUCAACAUAGCUGCUGAUGGUGAAAACUGCCAAGUGCCUUUAAAAAGAACAUCCAUCCAAGACUCUGACACUGUCACUGAUGUUUGAAAAAAAUAAAUAAAUAAAUAAACAGAGAGAUGCACCAGGUAUACAUUACAAUGUUAUGCCAAAUGUCAUGGGACAGGCACAAAAAUCAUGUCCCAUGACUUUUGGCACAUCCCAUGAAGCUAAAGAAAGUUAAGUUGCACUGACCUGCAGGAUGUAGAUGUGAUUUGCUUGGUUGCUUGUUCACAUGGACGAUUCGAACCAGACACAACCGGUCAUGAUCACGGUCACGCGCACAGCUUCAAUAACUCCCAUAAUUCACGUUGCCUUGCCAUGAGCACACUGACCACAGUACAGCCUUACUCACACAUCAAGAUAACACCUCACAACUUACACAGUAAACAAGUGUGGGCGUUCCCAAGCCAUCCCCUGAGGUAACACCUCAUGAUCAAUUUAUAUAGUGCUGUCCCAUGACUUUUGCUCCAUAUGAACCCAUUCAUUCUGGUCUCACUCUGGAACACCCUUUAGUACAGAGCCCCUAAUGGGACAUAUGUUUUUUUUUGGUGAAGAAGUGGUGAGCACCAGAUACUAUAUGGUGAGCACCAGAUACUAUAUGGUAAGCACAAGAUAUUAAGUGGUGAUCCCCAGAUACUAAGUAGUGAGCACCAGAUACUAAGUGGUAAACACCAGAUACUAAGUGGUGAACACCAGAUACUAAAUGGUGAGCACUAGAUACUGUGGUAAGAAACCACAUAUUAUGCGAUGAGCACCAGCUACUAAGUGCUAAGCACCAGAUACUAUUUUGUGAGCAGUACAUAUUAAGUGGUAAACACCAGAUACUAGGUGGUGAGCACCACAUUCUAAGUGAUGAGCACGAGAUAGUAUCUUUAAUGGUCUGUUGUUUGAUAUUAAGAUAUUAAGUAGCGAGCACCACAUACAAAGUGGUGAGCACCAGAUAUUAAGUAGUGAGCACCACAUACAAAGUUGUGAGCACCAUAUUCUAAGUGGGGAGCACCACACACCACCUACUAAGAGUACCUUCACUGGUCUUUUUUAGGUAAAAGGUGGUGAGCACCAGCGACUAUGUGGUGAGCACCAGAUAGUAAGUGGUGAGCAUCACAAAUUUAGUGGUGAGCACCAGAUACUAAGUAGUGAGCACCACAUUCUAAGUGGCAAGCACAGACAGCAUCUUAACUGUUCUGUACAUGACUUCAGACUGCUGUGUUGUGCUGUGCUACUUAGUAUAUAGUGCUCAUCACUUAGUAUGUGGUGCCCAGCACUUUUUACCUAAAGAAAAAAUACACUAUGUCCCUCCAGGGGCUUUGUACGUUAAUGCCUGGCAAAUCUGGAUUUUUUUUAGGGGUUAUUUUCCACACGUUACCUCCCCUUAUUUUAUAUUUUUUGUCCUCUGCUGCCCUCCUGUGGUGGAAGUUUAAUUUGCACACAGACAGUUUUAGUGUUGGCAGGCAUCUCCAAAAAUCAGCAGAACAUUUUUUUUAUUUUAUAAAUUAUAGAUUAUAAAAAGCUUUACCAAAUAGCACAGAGCGAGGAACGGAUAUUAUUCAUUUUAAUGAAAGAGAAUGACUGUGUUUUUACAAACUCGUGCCAUUAGAUAUGAGAUACUGCUGUUUACUCGACGGAAAAGCUGACUAGAAAUACUGAACAUAAUACCAUAGUUUUCCUAAUCACCAGAGGCCAGUUAUAAUGUAUGAUGACGUCACGCCUGCUGACCAAGAUGUUUACUCUGGUGAAUUCUGAGCACUGUUAUUUUAGAGUACUGUGAUACCAUAGAGUAGCCUUGUGCAAUAAAGUAGCUGCUUUAUACUUUGUUUUAGAUAUAUUUUUUUGUAGUUAUUUUGAUUUAAAACACAAUAAAAGCCUUGAUGGAUUUUGGAGACAAUGUUCCUACAAAUCAGUAACAUAUUUAUACAUAUUUAUGCAAACUUAUCUUUGUAUUAAAAUAAAUAGAUUUACGUUCAUA